CCUGGUUAGGCAGCUGUUCGCAGUCACCAAAAGUUGCUUUAAAGCUUUCGGCUUUUUAGGGUUUUUCAUUUCAUUUUCUUCACUCUUAUAGACUGAGAGAGAGGGAGAGAGAGAGAAAGAGAGUCUGAAUCAAUAAUCAGAAAUGGCGCUGCUCAGAUCCACCACCGCCGCCUCUGCUCCGUUGUUCGAAGCCUCCCGCUCCGACCUCUCUUUCUCCGCCUCCGCUUCCUCAAAGGUGUCAAGCGUUGGGUUUGGGCGUAAUUUGAACUGUUCAAAGGUGCAAUCAUCCAUCUUUGGGGCUUCUAUCUCAACCGGCUCGUCUUCUUUACAGACAAGUAGUGCCAGGAGUGUCCAGCCUAUUAAAGCCACAGCCACCGAAAUUCCACCCACGUAUCAGAGAUCAGGGAGCAGUGGGAAGAUCAAAAUUGGAAUCAAUGGUUUUGGUCGGAUUGGGCGGUUGGUUCUACGAAUAGCGACUGCCAGGGAUGAUAUAGAAGUGGUGGCAGUGAAUGAUCCUAUGGUUGAUCCUAAGUACAUGGCUUACAUGUUUAAGUACGACUCUACACAUGGAGUUUUUGAUGGUUCUAUCAGUGUUGUGGAUGACUCUACCUUGGAAAUAAAUGGAAAGCAUAUUAAAGUUGAGAGCAAAAGGGACCCUGCAGAGAUCCCCUGGGGAAGUUACGGGGUUGAGUAUGUAGUGGAAUCUUCUGGGAUUUUCACCAAUCUUGAGAAGGCUGCAUUACAUAAAAAGGGUGGUGCAAAGAAAGUGGUUAUAUCAGCUCCAUCAGCUGAUGCACCCAUGUUUGUCGUAGGAGUGAAUGAGAAUACAUACAAGCCAAAUAUGGACAUAGUUUCUAAUGCAAGCUGUACCACAAAUUGCCUUGCUCCACUUGCCAAGGUGAUUCAUGAGGAAUUUGGUAUUCUCGAAGGUCUGAUGACGACUGUGCAUGCAACUACAGCAACACAGAAAACAGUGGAUGGCCCAUCAAAGAAGGAUUGGAGAGGUGGCCGAGGAGCUGCUCAGAAUAUCAUUCCUAGUUCAACCGGUGCUGCAAAGGCUGUUGGAAAAGUUCUACCUGAACUCAAUGGAAAGCUGACUGGUAUGGCCUUCCGCGUCCCAACCCCUAAUGUAUCUGUUGUGGACUUAACUUGUCGACUUGAGAAGGGUGGUUCUUAUGAGGAUGUCAAAGCAGCCAUCAGGUAUGCUGCUGAUGGGCCACUUAGAGGCAUUCUGGGAUACACCGAUGAAGAUGUGGUUUCCAAUGAUUUUGUUGGUGACUCAAGGUCCAGCAUCUUUGAUGCCAAGGCUGGAUUAGCACUUAGUUCCACCUUUGUUAAGCUUGUUUCAUGGUAUGACAAUGAAUGGGGUUACAGCAACCGAGUUUUGGACCUCAUAGAGCACAUGGCAUUGGUGGCAGCAUAAGUAUCGACCUGGUGUUGAGUUUCACCGCAAUUUUUAGCUGUUGCUGCUUGCUAUGAGAUUGGCGGAAGAGUAGUUAUACAAAAUUGAUCUGUUUUCCUUUUUCUUUUUAGUUAAACAAAGUGGGAUUUGGAUAUGGCAUAGUUACUGCUUGAAAUAAUGAAAAUCCAAAAUCUGAUUUGUGUGAGCUUGGAUUAUUUGGCGCUAUAAUAUAAUGCCACUCCCUCGAGGGCCCUUUACCUCUA